ACAGCAGAAAUCUGCUUUUGUGCUAAGGCAGUUUUCUUCCUAGUCUCUGUUUACAUUUGAUGUUCUUGAUUCAGCAAACUAGUCUGGAGUUAACUCUGAAACAACCAUGACCGCAAACGGCACUGAACAUCACUGCAAUGUCUCAACUCACAACUUGGUGGCAUCAGUCCUUCCUCCUGUGCUAAUAAUAGAGAUGUUACUCGGUCUGCCUGGCAACAUCAUGGCAAUAUAUGUUUUCUGCAAAAAUAUGCCAUCCUGGAGGACCAAUGUCACAUUUCUCUUCAACCUAAUUCUGUCUGACUUCUUGCUCCUCCUGAGUCUACCCUUCCGCGUCGACAACUUCGUACGUGGAGAGACAUGGAUAUUCGGAGAUGCCUGGUGUCGGAUCAAUCUAUUUAUGCUGGCUGUGAACCGUUCAGCCAGCAUUGCUUUCAUGACUGCUGUGGCUUUUGACCGCUACUUUAAAGUGGUCCAUCCGCAUCACAAAAUCAAUCACAUAUCCUCAAGACAAGCAGCCGGGGUUGCCUCCUUCAUCUGGGCCGCUGUGAUAGCCCUGAGGAUCCCUUUGCUGGCCAACCACCUUCUAAACACAGACAACAACAGCUCCCAGUGCAGAAGUUUCAGUAAUUAUAAGAGUCCAUCACUAGGUAUCCGCCUGCAUUAUGGUGUGUUUAUCUUUGAGUUUUUUUUGCCUCUAAUACUGCUGAUCUUUUGCUCUGUGCGCAUCGCAUGCAUCCUGCAUUCUCGCCAGAUGGACAAAGACAAGAGGGGACAAAGGGCUAUUCGCACUGUUCUGGUUAUUGUUGGGGUUUUUGUCUUCUGUUUCUUCCCCAGCAUUGGCACAGGGCUGACUGCCCUCUUUUUAAAGCGACUUGGAAAAACAUAUUGUAACGCUUACAAUCUAACCUCUCAGUUGUUUGCUAUGUCUAUAGCAUUCACAUAUCUGAACAGCGCUCUUGAUCCAGUCAUCUACUGCUUCUCCAGUUCCUUAUUUCGCAAUUAUUUGAAGUCAACCCUUAACCGGACUGGUGUGAUACAGCUACAGCUCAGCAGACGGGGCAGCACGUACAGCGGCAGUGACUGAGAAUUGGGCUUGGACAAGACAGGAUGAUGUGGAUGGGGAUUGAUCACGCAUUGGACUACAGGACUUUCUCAUAUCCCAGUUUAAAAUUUAAUUAUUAGUGAGUCAUUUUAAAAGACGACUCACAAUGUCUCCCUACCUAUUAAAGGACUGCCAUGUUUAUUUGGAUAUCUUGACUUUUCCUGUACAACAUGGCAACACUGGGUCCACACUGGAUGGAUGGAUGGGUGGAUUGCAGGGAUUCGACAGAUUUGAUGGAUGAAUUCAAUGGAUGGAUGCCAUAGAUAGCUAAAUGGGUUCACACAACCCUACACCUUUUUGAUAAAAUAUGACAAGAAAUAAUACAUAAAACAUUAUUAAACAAUAUAAAUUAUAAAAUUAUAAAAAAGUAUGUAAAAUAAUAUUGUUAUAAUUACUAGAUAAUAAAUAAAAUUGAUAAAUACAAUCAAAAAAUAUAAAGAUUUUCAGGUUUGCAAAUUGACUAAAACGUGUAUUCCUAAAAGAAAGAAAAUAGACCAAAACAUAGAUCAAAACAACUAUUUCCCGCCAUUACUGGAAUUUGCUGUCAUUUAUGAGACAACACUGAACUUUCAUAUUUCUGGCAAUGUUUUCACUUUAGGAGGGCGCUGUUUAGUAUGGCUUCUAUAGAUCCGUAUAUGAAUCGCAUCUUGGCAUUGUCUUACCUUUCUCCUCAAAAUGUUGUACUACUGAACAAACUUUCCUGUGAGAAGCAUUUUUAUUCCACCCAUCCAUUUUUCAAAUCGUCUUGUCCUCUAAGGGUCAUAGGGGCCUGGAGCCUGUCCCAUCAGGCCUCACUAAAUGGAAUUGGAAAACAAUUCAUGCAGGAUAGCUGUUGACUUCCCCUUGCCUGCCAUCUCAAAUUGUUGAGCAUUGCUCUACAAGCUUGAAAGGUUGUAGGUUUGAUACCCAUGGAUACACAUGCAGUGCAAAUCAAAUUUGAACACACUUUAAAUCAGGUUUGAUCAAAGCGUCUGGCAAAAAGCAUAAAUUAAACUGUAUUGUCAUGGACAUGGUUUCUUUAUGAAUCAUUAUAAAAAAGUUAAAGUAACAAAAUGACCGUGAAUUUCAAACUAGGCCUAUAUUUAUGUAUGUAUGUAAUGUAAUAUGUAUGUUAUGUAUGUAUGCAUGUAAUAUGUAUGCUUCACUAUGUGAGCUGCCGUAAUGUCACACAGACGCUUAAAUCUCAGAAAUAGAGCAGAAUUGUAAAUAUUUCUUAAUGUUUGCAUUUUGUUUUCAGCAUCAUACAUAUCUUUGUUAAGCAUUUGUCACUAUACCUAAGCUUUCUAUUAAUUCUGAUGUAUUCUUAUUCUGGUUCUACAGGAAGAUAUUUGGAAGAAUGUCAGUACAGAUCACCCCUCAUUGAUUCCCAUAGUAUUUAUUUUCCUACUAUGGCAGUAAAUGCAGGAUGAGAUCUGCUUGGUUACUGACAUUCUUUAUGUUCAGCAGAACAAAUAAAUGUAUUCAGGUUUAAGAGAACCUGAGGAAGAGUAAACGAUGACAGAAUUUUAAUUUUUAAGUGAACGGUCCCUUUAAGAGACUAUCCAAAUACGAAUGUAGAUUAUUAUCAUUUACUAUGUAUGACUAAAGUAUUAGUGUGCCAUGAAAUAAAAAUA